AUGGGAAUGCUGAUCAAUAUAAUGACUGAUAUCAUGGGCAAAGCGAUUAUUCUUAAGGUCAAAUAUGAACAAACAAGUAUGAAGUUUGCAGAGUUUGUUAAUGUCAACGAUGCCAAGCUGUCGAAAGAGAGGUGCAGAAGAAAUCAAGUGCCUAGAUUGUAUGGCCCUAGACUAGAUGGUGACAUCAGUAGAAAAUUAACUGUUGUAGCCAAGACAUUUGAAAGAUAUGAAUGUGUUAAGAGACUUAUAUCAAGCAUUAAUACGUUCUAUCCAAACAUGACGAUAAUAGUUGCAGAUGAUUCUGAAAAGAAUGUAAAACAUUUUCAAAUGCCUUUCUUAGACGGUUACGCUGCUGGUAAAAAUUUGGUUGUCAGUCAGGUGCGCACAAACUACUUGUUGAUGGUUGAUGAUGAUUUUGUUUUUACCAAUGAAACCAUCUUGGAACGGUUUGUGGUAAAACUUGAAUCACGCACAGCUGAACUGGACUUAGUUGCUGGGGUAAUAUCCAAUAUGAAAGGAAAAAUCUCUGAAGACACAAGCAAAAAUGGCUGGAGCGAAGUUGAGUAUGCUAGAAACGAAGAUGGCGGUUGUCUUUUUAAAAGAGAUAUACCAGUUAAGAGAGUAGAGGGUUUCCCGAAUUGCAUAUUAAAGGAUAUGGUUAUUAACUUUUUCAUGGCAAAGACCGAAGCUAUUCGUAAAGUCGGUUUUGAUUUAGUGUUUGAAUGA